AUGGAAGAGGAUUGCUCAGAAAGCUUUCGGACCAAGUGCAAGCAACUAUCUGGGUUAUCCCCGCCAGUUUUUACAGCCACCAAGGCUAGGAAAAGGAGGAAAGCCUUUGCUAUUCAAGAGGAUGCUGGAAUACGGCUAAAAUACAAUAAGAUCGAGAAGUUGUGUUUGGCUCUAGUCUGGGCUUGUACAAAGCUGCAGCACUACUUCUCGUCUUACACUACAUAUGUUAUUUCUGAAUCGAACCCCUUGAAAUUCCUUAUGGAGAGGCCGGUUCUUAACUGUAAGAUGGCAAAGUGGGUGUCAGUGCUCGCAGCUUAUGACUUAAAAUUUGUACAACGGAAGGUAGUGAAAGGCGGAGCCUUGGCUGAUCAGUUAGUAGCUGAUCAAUUAGCAGAAUUACCGGUCGAAGACCAAAUGCAGGAGGUGGAAUUUCCUGAUGAAGACUUGUUGAGCUUGGAAAGUGAAGUCUGGGAAAUGUACUUCAAUGGAGCUUCAAAUUACCAUGGAAAUGGGGUUGGAGUCGUAUUCAAAACUCCUUGUGGAGAAUACAUCCCAAUUGCAGUUAAACUGGAUUUCGACUGCACCAACAAUGAAGCCGAGUAUGAAGCUUGCAUAAAGGGGUUAGAAGCAGCCCUGGAAAAAGAGAUAAAAGUCCUUAGGGUUUAUUCCAAUCUGAUAGUCUCUCAAGCUCUUAGGAAAUGGAAAAUUAAGGAAGAGCGUUUGGUUCCUUACCUGCAACGCUUGGACGAACGAAAUUGGCUCAGCAAUUUUGGGAUUUUAUCCUUCACUACUUGCCGCGAGCCAAAAAUCAGUUUGCUGAUGCUCUAG